AUGGAACGGUGGUGUCCACUUGUGUUGAUAGUCCUAUUUUCUGUGAUAUGGAGAGUACACCGGAUAUCUGGAGAGACAAAUUGUCCCUGUUCUAACCCAUCAUUAUGUGAACCAAUAAAGGACACAAACAGAAAGGAGGUGUUCGUAUUUUCGUUAAGUAAAGACAUUCAAACAUGGCAAAAGUACAACUGGACAAAGAUCAGUACUGUGGUCAUGGUUGGUUACUAUAGUGAUGACAUGAUGUGUCUCGCGCAUAGCAACGGGGCUCGGGUUGUUUUCAUAGGGGGCGUCCCUACAGAAUACCUCACUAACGCUACCCUUCAGGAGGAGUGGGUGGUUAAAAAUUUAGCCAUUGUCACCCAGAAACACUUGGAUGGAAUUAACUUUGAUUACGAGAGUCCAAUACCAGCUGAUCGGACAGACCUGAGGGACGGCUACACUGCACUGGUCAGACGGACAUACAAGAUGUUCAAACAAUACAAUCCAUCAUAUCAGGUUACGGUUGACGUUGCAUGGUCACCAGCUUGUAUUGACCAACGUUGCUAUGACUACAAGACUCUAGCCACAGUGACAGACUUUUUGUUUGUCAUGUCCUACGAUGAGCAGAGUCAGAUCAAGGGUCCAUGUAUAGCUUUGGCAAACUCUGGAUUCUACAAAACACAAUCAGGCUUACAGAAAUACUUUGCAGCAGGAAUAUCAUCUGACAAAAUGGUGCUAGGAGUUCCCUGGUACGGAUACUACUACCCAUGUGUGGAUGUAACAGAGGACAAUACAUGUGCCAUCAAACAUGUACCGUUCCGUGGGGUGAACUGCAGCGACGCCGCAGGAAGAGAGAUUAACUACGACUUCAUAAUGCACAUCCUCAAAAAUUCAACGACUGGUCGACUUUGGGAAACAUCUACUCUCACACCCUACUUUAACUACAAGGAAAAUGGAACGACUUAUCAGAUUCGAUAUGAUGACCCUGUGAGUUUAAAGUUCAAGUUUGACAUGGCACUCAGAUACAACCUUCGUGGAGUAGGAAUCUGGAACGCUGAUGCUUUAGACUACUCUCACGACACACCGGAAGUUGUUCAUCAACGAGCUCAGAUGUGGCAAGCAUUUCCUGAUUACAAGAAAUCUGAACCCACCAUAAACAGUGAUUUUAUAUAAUUUAUUAUUUUUUUUUUCAAAGAAAAACAGAUUAUGGUUCCCUAUUACAAUGAAAAUAAACAGUAAAACAUUUCUUAUCUUUUGUGCAAUAUGGAUGAUCUUACCUUGUCAUCGAUUCACACAUUAGUGUCGUCAAAGAGCACUGAUGUUUCUUAUUACUGUUAUUGAUAGUUGAAAACUGAUGUUUAUUAAAAUGAUUGGAAGACAUUUCAAUAAAUUGCUUUAUUGAGAAAUAAGACCAUUUCCCAUACCUCGACUAGAUGAAAAGAUAUCAUGUUAUCUUUAUCUUUAUAGAAUUUUGAAGAAAAAAAAUCAGUAUAAGUCUUUUAAGUCCUAUAGUGUCAGUCAGUACCACUACAUAAUGUAAAUCAACUUCGUUAAAUUGUUUGUAAUAUGACAGAGUGAUGGAUCUCUUAACCUCUAUGAUAUUUUUUUUAACUUUUAUAGUGUUUUGAAAUUUGUUACUUAUAUUUGAUAGACUUUUGAUAGAAAUAUUAAUAACAGCUGAUAAUAAGAUCAUAACCAGAUCAUUUGAAUAACUUUGUAUUUGUUAUAUGUUCUGUGUAUGUGAUGUCAUUUAUGCUAUAUGUCUUGAUAAAGGGACAGAUUGCCUCAAAACGAAACAAAAAUUGACUAUACACUAGUCUGUACUGUUAUUAUUACUUCAUUGAUCAUACAUAUAUUGUCAAACAUGUAUAUGAUAUACACAGAUCAACUACACAUUCCUUGAUAUUUG